AUGUGGAAACGAAAAUUUUUGGAUGUGUUGGGAAAGAAUCACCACGCCAUCAAGACGAACCACUCUCCGAGGUUGAACCUUCUUUCAGAAUCAUCAUCGGUACUGAUACCUAAAAUCAUGAAUAAUGGUUCAUUAUCGACUCCUUCUUUCUCGUCAGUAGCGUGGUAUCAUCAAAGCCUAUUCCCAAAUUCAAACAACAUUCCUAAACAAAACAUUCAAGCAUCAGAAAACCACACAACCACACAGCAAAAAUCAUCAGCAACCAGCGUCAUACCCAAGCACCUUCUUGGCUACGUCGAAUUAUUGUUUCCUGGAAUGAGCGUACAACAAGUUAUGCGCUUGCCACCCACCACCAUUGACGAGCAUGUUUUAGCGCGUGUUGAAAAAGCGUUUCAAAAACAACCUUUAGAAAAUAAGGCGGAUAUAUUUGAUGCACUCAUUCGUGUCAAUCAAAUUCAAUAUAUACCUCCUCUACUGGAUAUUGCAACCAAGAGCAGCAAGCAUCCAAUCAUUUCCGCACGGUAUAUACGGGACGUGGCAUUGAGUAUUGAGAGAAAAGGAAAUAGUAUUGCCAAGCACAAAGAAUAUUAUCACGGAUUUAACACUAAAGAAAUGUUUACUACGUGCUCGAAGUGUAUUGAUCUAAUCAUUGCCAAUAGCUAUAAUUUUGUGCAUUAUAAUAAUGUAGAUGUUUUUGUUUUUAUUUUGGCAUUACGAGUCAAAAUGUUUAAACAUUCUUCAGAUUUUUAUGGCCUGAAAAAGUACUUUGAGAACCAGCUAAAACCCUUGAUUCAUAAAUACAUGUCUCAUCCAACAUCUAUAUGUACAUUGUAUAACACGCUUACGUCCGUGCUCAUUGAAAUGGACCAACUAGAUUAUUUAUACGAAAUUUAUGCAGACAACAUGACAAUACAUUUCAACCUACUGAAGAGAAGCAAAGCAAUACUUAAGGGAGCUCCUUUAUUCGUCACUAUUCAUUCGUUAUUGACUCAUGUCUCGCGUUCGGUUGCACUAAUUAAUACUGCAGCGAGGCUUUCGAUUCUAGCUGUGGAGUUUUUCGACAUGGCCAAAGCAGACCCAACUGUGGAUCAAGCGUUCAUUCGAAGCUUGAGCGGCAAUUUUAUUGUAAGCUUUGUGGAACAUUUCGAGGUAACACCUCUCCACCCGUUACAACCUUUGCAUCAUUACUUUUCGCUCUAUUUGAAUUUUGUUUCACACUUUUGGAACUUGCAUGGAGAUGUAGCCAACGCAGGAACAUUUGCCUACGUGUCCGUAAGGUUUUUAUAUUUAUAUGCUCGUCUGACUCAGGAAUCUGCCUUUGACAUUUCCAGCUCAAGAGAAGCUGAAUACGUAUAUGAGCAAUUGCUAGCAAACAAUAUCUCGUUGAGUGCUGAAAUGUAUUAUUGCUUGCUUGUUAUUUUUUCACACACUAGAAACGAAAAGAAAUGUUUAGAAAUUUAUGAAAGCGCGCUUCUCCAUUCCACAACAAACUCUGAAAAAUACUAUUUCCAUCAUGCAUUAAUUAAUGCCUAUUCCAUUAUGGGCGAUUUUGAAAAAGCCUUGGCUCUUGCAACGCAAAUGAAGAAAAUUACAGCUGCAACGGGAAAUGUGUUGCUGAAAACAAUCGCAACCAUGUGUCUUCCCAACUUGAAAAGUAAUUACACAGACGAUUACAUCCAAACAUGCAUUGAAAGAGCUUUGCAGUUAUUGAACGACGAAAAAGUAGAAUUUGAUGGUAUCACGUUGAAUACCUUGAUUAACAUUUAUGGUUUAACAAACAAAUUACCAACCAUGCUCAAAUAUUUCCAAAUCCUAGUGGAUGACUUUAACGAGGAUGGAAAAUAUGCUGGUUUUUUAAAUGCUAUCACAUUUACUACAAUCAUCAAGCACCUGUGCUCCAAUCGCCAAUUUGACUCUGCUUUGGACACGUUUAAAAGGAUGAAAGAACUUUCCAUUCGUCCAACUGUUGUGACCUAUAAGGUAUUAAUUGAGGGUAUGAUUCUUGUAGGACAAGAUUGUCUGCCAUUAAUCAUGCAACACAUGAAACAAGAUGGUAUUAAUAUGGAAGACCAUUUAAUUGGAUCCAUAGUGUUCUAUUAUGCUGCUAGAACAGAAGAUGAAAAACAAUUGUUAGACGUAUUAAAAGUCGUAGAUAGACAUCGAGAUGAGUAUACACCAAAAGUGUACGAACAUUUAGUUCUCUUUUAUACUCGAUUUCAGGAUUGGAAUAAGGCAGCUCGAGUAAUAUUGCAGCUCUUGGACAAGGGAAUUACACCAACCAUUCGAACCUUUAGUCAUAUGAUUCAACGAAUGGUGGGAUACAUGGAUGCGUUUGAUUUACUUCAUAUUCUUCAUCCAGAUGAGUCAUUUGUAACUCAAUAUGUGGAACAAAGGGAAGAGGGAAAGUUAGACCAUAUAAGAGAUGCUCUCUUUACCAAAGAGAUGGACCAUGGCCUUGGACUUGUCAUUUUGAAGAAUGUGCUAGCAAAGAUUAAUUUCCAACAAUUUCAAACAAAAGUGCACAUGCAUUCCAGAAAUCACCACAUGAACAGACAUGCUUGCUUUCUAUUGAUGAAUGCUCAGAAACAAAAUUUAGGUCUGAAGGCUGCUCAAACAUUUGUGGAAAUACUUGUGGACUUGUUUGCGGAUCUGAAAUGUCGUAUUUUUGAACAAGCGGCUCAUUUGAUGCUCUUGCUCGUUCAAAAAGAAGGUGGAAGCGGAAAAGUUCGUUCAUUAUUUGAAUUAUUAUCAGCGGGAAAUAACAAGCUUGAUGUGCGGAGCUUUAACGUAGCUCUCCAAUGUAUAUUGACAACAGAAAGUCAAGACUCUGCUUGGAAUUUCUAUCACGAGAUAGUAUCAACAAAAAGCUUCUCCAUCCGUCCAGAUCUCAACACUUUGGAGCUGUUGAUUCGUGCGGCAAGAAAUGAGAGCGAUUUUGAAAUAUUGUUCAAGGCCUACAAACAAAUGACAAGCAAUACCAAAUUUUAUCUUCAUCAAGCCACGGAAUCCAUGUUCGAUUUUAGAGCUGCACUGAUUGAUAGCAUCAACGAGCAAUUGGCUGUAAAAGAACAAUCAUUGAAUCUGUCGAGUAGUGUCCGUCAAAGGAUUAAAAUCAUGAAGGACUAUUUAGAACAAGCAGAGAUCGUUAUGGAAACUGUCUAA